ACGUUACGCGUGCACUGGAGUGAGCACUGUGACAGGAAAUCAUAAAAACCCCGACAGUCUGAGGCUGCAGCAGAGGCAUUGGAGACUCCUCUGCCACUUUGGGGCUGCGAGCAGAAUCCUGGGCCACUCCUUCUCACGGGGAGCAAGAGCCCUUCACUGAAAUCCUCCCACCAUGCUGGGGCUGCUGCUGCUGCUGCAGGUGUUGGCCAGCUGCCUCUGGCUGGGACACAGCGAGGUGGUGAACUCCUUUGCAGAAUGUCCUGAGUUCUUCUAUGCAGAGACCACCCCAAAUGAUGCCCUGAAUCCAAAGAACCCAGCCUGGAUCUGUCAGCGCUACAGCAACUCAUAUCACUAUGCCACCCUGUACGACAGAGACAGGAGAAUUCCAGUGUACUCUGCUUACAUCUACCGGCCUGGAGAUGCCAAGAGACCUCAUUCAUGGUGGUUUGUUGAGCCCCAGCUAAUUGGUAAAAAUAAUCUUAAAGAGAUGGAAAGAGAGUCGGUCCUCAUAGGGCAACACAAGUUCACCUUAGACCAAAUCAAAAAGAACCAGGCUGUCCUUGAUGACUACAACGAGGCUGGUUUGGACCGUGGCCAUUUGAGCCCCAAUGGCCAUCACUAUAGUAGAGAAAGCAAGACAGCUACCUUCACCCUCACCAACAUAGUGCCCCAGGACAGCAGUCUCAACAAGGGCCAGUGGAAUAUCUACGAGUCUAAAAGGAUGCCCACAAAGACCAAGGGCUGUACAACCACCUACGUCAUCACAGGUGCUGUGCCUGGGAACACCUACAUCGCCAAAGGGAGGGUUAACAGACCCAGCCACAUCUGGUCAGCUGCCUGCUGUCUGAAAGACAAAAAUCCCAGAGAUGCUUGGGGGGCCAUCGCUGAGAACGACAAGAACAAGGUGGAGGAGCUCAGCCUGGGGGAGCUGGAGAAGAGGUUGAACAAGCUCUAUGGUGGAACAGUUACUCUGUUCAACAAUGCCUGUCCCCGGAAAUAAGCCUCACAUCCUCAAUGGAAAAGGCUGAGUGGCUUUUCAUACACGUCACAGAAUCACAGAAUUGGUGUGUUUGGUGGGACCUAAAAAGUGUUAAUAAUACUCUCCUUCUGACCUCCCUGCAAUGGGCAUGGGCACGUUCCAUUAGACCAGGUUUCCAAACCCUCCCCAGCCUGGCCUGGAAAUCUCCCAGGGAUGUGGCAGUCAAAAAUUCUCUGGGUAACUUUUACUUGUACUGCGCUCUCCUGUGGGUAUUUUACAUCUUUACAAUAUCCUAUAUAAGCAACCUUCCAUCAGUGUUCAACCAUUCCCUCUUGUCCUGUCAUUCCAUACCCUUGUCCAGAGACCCUCUCCAGCCCUCUUAGAGAUCCUUGGGGUACUGCACUCUCAGCAGUCUUCUCCAGGCUGAUCAUCCCCAGCUCUCUCACCCUCUCUCCACAGCAGACACGCUCCAGCCCUCGCAGCACCUUCAUGGCCUCCACUGGACUCCACUCCAACAGCUUUGUGUCCUUCUUGUGCUGUGGGCCCAGAGCUGGAGGCAGCACUGCAGCUGGGGUCUCAGCAGAGCAGAGCAGAGGGGCACAAAUGUCCUGUGCAGAGUCUGUGCUGCUUCCUUCUCUGGUGUGUUUCCUGCUCUGUCCCUCAGGGCACCUCCUGCUCAGCUCAAAGGCACAGAGAUGUGGGCAGAGCCUCCAGCUGCUUGGCUUUGCUGCCCAUCUCAGGAGAGAGCUCUCAGGAACGAGUCCUCUCCUCCUCAGCUGUCCCCAGGAGUGUGCAGCUGACUGGUCCCUCACCGCCUUAGCGAGGCUGUGGCACCAGGGCCACCCAAAGGCCUUGUCUGGAGAUACCCAGAGCCCGACAAUAGAUGAUUCUGGACAACCUGCUCCAGCUGAUCCUGCUGGAGCCUGGAGUCUGGACUACAAGAUCCAGAGAAGUCCCUCCAAAACACAACAAUUCAGUGAUUCUGUGAUCCUGGGCCAGGAUUUGGUUUGCUUGCUUUUGAAACUGCACCUUGAGAGCAGCAGCUGUUGUAUCAGACAGGCAGGCUUUGGCAUCAGAUACACAGAAAGCUUUGAGCAGCCAAAGCUGAAUUCCUGUGAUGCAUUCCGUGGACAUCUUCCUUCUCUGCUCUGCUUCUGAACCUUUUCUGCUUUUUCAGAUUGAUGGGAAACUGACUUGCUGAAAUGUAUUCAAUGGUUGUCAAAGAUCAAUGUGUGCCACACAUGGAGUUUGCAAGAGCUUACAAUAAAAUUUCUUUGCUGCA